AUGCCUCUGCAGACGAGCGAUUUUGACUGCGGCAACUUUGUAUGCCAGUACAUUCAUGCGCAUGUGGAGGCGUGCUUUGAAGCUGCUGAGAACGAGGUGCGGUUCAGCAUGAGCCAACUUGCAUACCGACGUGGGUUACGGGAGGAUGUGUCCGCUCUUGCUGAAGGACAGCUGAUCGGCGAGCUCACGACAGCUGGGCACGAGAUCCCUCGUGGCAAUGAGAUAACGAAACCACCUAAGGCUGAGGUGAUUGGUGAUGAGGUGGAGGAUAGGGAGUGGAGAACGGAGAUGGCAGCACGGAUGCAUAGGCUGGUCGAUCGCAAUGAGAGUCAGGUAGUGGCUGUUGCCAAGCUCGAGAGGCAAUUGCGUGAGCUGAUGCUUUCCCGUACUCCGCAGCAUGGCGUUGACGGUGAUGCUGCAGGGGAGGGACAUGGUGAUGUGGGAGGGGACGGUGGACCUGGUGAACCCGCACAUGUGGAAGUCAUGGGUGGGAACAAUGGCGGCACCCAUUAUAACGUGACGGGUGCAUAUGGUGAGGGCCCUGUGGCAAACGUUGAGACAGGUGAAGGUGGGAAGGUCGGUAUGCGUGACCACGCUGGGGAGGGUGAUAUGGCUGACGGUGCGACGAGUGACAAUGAGAAGGUGGGGGUGCGUGAUGAAGCCGCCCACAACUGCCGGACGUCCCUCUCCAGCUCUAAGAUGGUGGAGUUGAGCGUGGAGGAGAGGAGGUGGUUGGAGGGUCUGGCGUUGCAAUGGGUUUAG